AUGUCUCAACGCGAACCUGCCAUUCCAGCCGCUCCUGAUCGAAUCACAACGCGACUCCUGAAGCGGGAUCUCGAUUGUGAUGGAGGCUUUACAUGCGACCGGGGCACUUGCUAUCGGGGAGAUGAUGGCUUCGUUGGAUGUUGCUCUGUGUCUAGUUGUGCCCCUCGGACGAAGUGCAUCGAGUACGCCGAUCUUGGUGAGAACGGGGAUUGUGAUCACAACACGGGAGGAUGUGUCGUUUGGUAUGGAUCGGCACCUGAAAUAUCUCGAUGCUUUCCACUGACUACUCCAAGUUCGAGUUCCGCGGCCCCAUACUGCGUCACGAUGACCAACAUCAUAAUGAAAGAAUAUGCCAUGUAUUGCGACCCGACACCCGACGUGACAAUUACUUUGUCAAUCAGCUACGACAAAUCCGGAGCCACCACCGCGGAAGCCACCACGACAACGACCGAAGCCAACAACGAGUCAACAACGCAUGAGAGCCCACCAGAGAUAACAGAUAACAAUGACUCCGUGGGUGAUGAUGAUGCCACAAGUGAAUCUGACGAGACGGGUGAUAAAAGUAUCAAUGACAAUGGUACUGGUAGCCAGAAUGGCGACGGAGAUGAUUCAGAUGCUGAUGCGGGUCGUCCCGACGGAGAAGGAGACGCUACCAAUACUAGUGAGGUCCCGGAAGCGACGCAAACCUCGUCGCCUGAUUCUGGGUCUUCGAAUUCAAACCGGAAUGUCAUCAUCGGCUCCACGGCGGGUGCGAUAGGCGGUGCUUUGGCUGCCCUCCUUGCAGUGUGGUGCUUCAAACGACUCAAACAGAAACCGACACCCGGACCCGAGAGCGUUCGGCCAACAUCAUCUCUGCAACCUCAAAUAUCGCCAGAUAUGCAGAGCUACCUCGAACCUCAUUACAGGUAUCAACCCCCAAGUGUGAUGCAGCAGCCGUCGGUUUCGCCUACAGCGGCCUCGUUUGUUGGGUCGUCAGUUGUAGGAGGCCCGACCCAGAUGAGCGGUUCAAUUCCCGAGCUUCACGGCAAUGGAGACUAUUCCCAAACUAGUGGGCAAAAUUGGUAUCGGCAUGAGAUUUGA